AUGGGAGCGGUUCGCUGGCAGCUGGUGAUGGUGGGCGUGCUGUACUUUACCCAAUGCCUGGCGUUUUGCUGCGUCACGUUCUUUACCGUUUACUUCCAGGCGCAGGGGCUUGACCUGCAUCAUGUGGGCAUUAUCAUGGGCGGUAUCUACCCGACCACGCAAAUGGUGGCCCAGCCGUUGUGGUGUCAGCUUGCCGACCGUUUGGCGGCCCCCAAGGCCAUCAUUCUCAUCUCCUUGGUGCUCGGGCUCAUUGGUAUUGGCUCCCUCAUGUACGCUGAGAACUUUUUCCAAUUGGCACUGUUCACGGGGAUCGGCGCCGCCCUAGGUGCGGCCGCCAAUCCCUUGUUGGACGCCACGACUAUGCAGACCUUGCUGGACAACGACGUGACCCUGGACAACUACGGCAAAUAUCGCGUUUGGGGUGCCGUUGGCUAUGGUGUGUCAGCGGUUAUCAUGGGUCCUUUGAUGGAUGCUUUUGGCCUUGACAUGCUCUUUUAUUGCCUGGCCGGUUUUACGGCCGUUUUCUUCCUGUGCGUUCUUGUCUUUCCCUUUCGGACCGAUGCCAAUGCCCACCUAAGACCCGAGCAAACCGCUGCGGUGCCUGCAUCGGUCAAAGAUGAGAAAGAGCCUUUGCUUCAAAAGGCACCUGCUGGCCCUGUUGAAGAUUGGCACGAGGGGGUGGCAAGCGUUAACCACCAAGCGGCUGUGGCCAAUGAGAACGAGCAACCCUGUGCCAACUCAAACCUCCCUCCUCGCAAACUCUCGAUCUGUGAAUAUCUGCAUGCGCUGGCACAGCAACCCACCGUGGGAUUGUUCUUCCUCCUCGUCGUUCUCAUGGGAACUGGCAAGGGCGCCGUCGACACCUACCUCUUUCUGUAUCUGGAAGACAUGGGCGCCACCAAGACCUUGCUGGGCAUUUCGCUCGGCGUCACCACCAUUUCAGAGCUUCCCUUCUUUUUUUACUCGGGCUACAUGCUCAAGAGAUGGGGCACCAUCUCUGUGAUCACGCUCGCGCUCUUUGCAUAUGCGGCACGCCUGGGUUAUUAUGGCACGCUUCAGCACCCCUGGCUCGUCCUUCCUGCCGAACUACUCCAUGGUAUUACGUUUGGCCUCUCCUGGGCGGCCAUGGCAUCGCACGCUGCCGCCAUCGCCCCUCGCGGCUACACAAGCAGCACCCAAGCUCUGGCGUCGGCUGCCUUUUUCGGUCUGGGGUUUGCCAUCGCCCCUGCGCCACGUGCAUCGGUUCGUGUUUGCCCGCAUAUUCCCCUCCACCACUCCGUGACGCUGCUGGACCCCUCACAAGGAGCCAAGAUACAUGCUUUCUGUGAACAUGACAGUCGCCGCGAUGGAACGCUGUUUGAGCACUUUGAUGACGAAGCACCGCUGCAACGCAUACUAAAACUGCAACCCGGCUACGAGGUCGUUCAAGCCACCCCAUCCCAGGUGCAGCUCCAGCUGACUAGUCCCAGGCCUUCACGGGCCCUGCUGCUGUUGGCCCUGAAAGUGACUGUGCAAACAUUCACCCGGGUUUUGACCCCUGCACCCGGCACAGCGACCUACUGGUCAGGUGCACUGCACACCUUACUGCCCGAUGGGUGGCCCGUGGAAAAAGACCUGGUUGUCGGCCAAACCUGGCUCGCCUCCAAAAUCUGGCUGAGCAGCCCGGGCGUGCGGGUGCCUCAACAUUACGAUAGCUACCACAACAUCUUUGCCCAACUGAGUGGACGCAAGACGGUGCACUUGUCGGACCUAGAUAGCCUCAGUCAACUACAACUCCACUCAUCGCUCCAUCCAGGAUAUCGACAGAGCCAGCGUCUCUACUGGCUCGACUUUGCCGAAGAGAGUAUGGCCUAUCUCGUCGACGAUCGUGCCGUUCUCGCUUUGGCCACUUGUCUCACCCUUGCCGAUGCCUCGCGGGUCGAGAUCGAGCAUCAUGAACUUUUCUCAUUCUCUCAAACUCUCUCUAACUCUCUCAAACUCUCUCUCUUAAACCCUCUCUCUCAAACUCUCUCUCUCUUAAACCCUCUCUCUCAAACUCUGAACAACUCAUUCCAAUGUGCUCUCUCAUUCAUUUGUAAACCCCCCCCACCCCCUGCAUUCGUUCAUCAUCUAUUCGCCCUUCCUGUCUGCCCUGCCUGCCCUGUCUGCCCUGCCUGCCCUGUCUGCCCUGCCUGCCCUGUCUGCCCUGUCUGCCCUGUCUGCCCUGGGUCGGGUACAAGUGCUUGUGAUUGGGCAGCCGCGCUCAGGCAAACCUCUUUCUCGUUACCUCACCCGAAGACCAUGGCCGAAAACUCUGCCCAGCCACCCACCAUCAACUUUGCCGUGGACAGCGUCACCGUCUUUCAGGGCCUUGCCAACCUGACUCGCGCCAACAUUACCCUCUCUGGCCAACGAGCCAAUGGAGCAUGCACCACACUCCGAUGGCCGGUCACCCUAUCCCCGGUCACCACCACCGCAGCCCUUUCCGUUUAUGGAAAUGGCACCACCAUCGAUUGCUUGAAGAUGGAGUUGAACAAGGUGGUGAGCGGUCUCUUCCUUUCUGCCAGCCACAGUACCCUGUCUCGCAUCGUUGCCACCAGAAGCAGCUACAUCGGCAUCCGGGUCAGGGGCUGGCACAACUUGAUGUCCCAAAAUGAAGCUCACAAUUGUUCCUGGCAUGGCUUUUCACUCGGCGGAGGGGACUCAAUCAUCGAAGGGAUUUCCGCCCAGAGUAAUGACAUCAUUGGCGUUUCCGUCUUGCUCCAGCAGAGCGAGCUUCGCAAUGGGCUACUUCUCGCCAAUGGCCACCAAGGCUUGGUCAUUCGCGGCAACGACUUGCUUGUUGAAAACUUUACCACAAGUCUCCACGCAACCUACGCCAGCAUUUAUGCGGUGCAAGCUACCAACGUUGUGCUGCGCAAUAUCGUGGCGUACACCAAUUUUGGCGGGGGUAUCAUGACGGCUGCCAGCCACGUUCUCAUGGACCAAAUCGCUUGCCAUCGGAUGGAACAACCGAACCGCGUGUACGUUAACGCCUAUUUUUGCAUCUGCGUUCGGGCGGAAGCGGUCAAUACAACAGUCCGGGAUAGCAUCCUUUUUGGCCUCGCCACCGUUCUUCUGAUUCAAGGCACAGACACGCUGUUGGAGAACUUGAACAUCAAUUGGGCCCUCAACUCGGAUGGUCUUCCCUUCGCUCUUGGAUUCAAUACAUGCAACAUCAUGCUGGCCCCGUCGACCAACAAUACAAUCAUCCGCAACGUCAAGUCCUUGGCGCAAUUGGGAGGGUAUGGCCUCAACAUUUCUGGAACCAACACCCUGGUAGAGGAUUCCUUCAUUGGCCAUUUCGCUGAUGAUGUCGGUCUGAACAUGGCGCUUGCCGUCUACAUUCACCACACCAGCAGGAACACGCUCCUCCAGGGCUCUGACCGGUUCUCUCUAAGGCUUCAAGCCACCGUUGGCCUCGAGACCUUUGGGCAAAACGUCACGGUGCGCAAUGCCACCUUCAACAACAACAUGUACGAGCCAACGACCAUGAUCCGCGUGCGCGGAGGCUCUUGUCAGCUUGCCAACGUCCUCCUUGCCAACAACUCAGGCACCACACUUGCCGUCAAUUACCUGCCCUUCGGUACUGCAUUGGUGGUUGAAAGCGGGGCCGAGUCGUUUUCCAUGACAGACAGCGCAAUACAUGGUUCCUGCGAUCAAGGUGAGCCCCUGGGACGAGGCAUCGUGGUCGAGCCUCAUCAAUAUGGAGCUGCUGCCCGCGUUUUUUCCAGACUGGAUUGUGAUGCCAUCAAAAAUGAAUCCAUCGCCCUCUUGGGUGCUGCAACUUUGAGCCAUAUACGCCUGGGCCAAGCCACACAGUGCACCAAAUUUAACGGUGGGCGCAUGGUCCUCGACGGCGCUAACGACAACGCCCGUCUUGCUGAGACCACAAUCCAAGAUCUUAUUUUGUGGGGCUCUGCAGCACGACUUGAGAUUCGAAACGCCAAUCGCCUCAAUGUAACAGGCUGCUCACUGACCGAUCCCAGAAGCGUCUAUCAAAAUAUGUCUCUGUCUGCAACUGCCGUGUCCUUGCGGAACGUGACAAACAGCAGGGUAACAGGCCUCAUCGUACCUGAGACCCUGGGUGCGGCUGCCGGGCUGAAGGUUGAGAUGAGUCACAACAUUACGAUCGAGAACCCGCAUAUUGUUCUGUCAACCACAUGGACCGACAAAGCUGUAACCGUUGCGCCUUACCAGAGUGGCUUGGCCAUUCUUAACAGCGAAAGGAUCUUGGUCAAAGCUCCCACCAUUCUCUUUGCCCUGCCUCACACGUCUGUCGUUUUGAUCGACGAGAGAAGUCGAUACGUUCUUCUCGUGGGUAGUGUCAUUUACUCCAUGGUGUCUAACACCACCUUGGUGACCGCAGCUGGGUCCGACAUAUACAUCAGCAACUCUGAACUGACGUUCCACCCUCCUCAAACCAGUACCACCUGUAUCCACGCCACAGACACCAGUACUAAUGUGAUAGUUGGUGUCCGUGUGCCCCAGUUACUAUCUUGGAGUACGGCGCAAGGCACGGUGCUUUGUGCCAAUGCCUCCAUUGGCAUGCUCAGCGAAGCAAAAGCCAUGGCCGUCGUGGCAGCUUGGUUUGCCGACGUUGGCCAAGGCGUUGUCCAUGCCUCGGCAGUAUCUGCCACCUCAUCUGCUGCUGUCAUCCACGAUUCAAUUUUCACGGGACACAUGGAUGUGGCCAUUGUACACCAAAGUGCACAGCCUCUGCGAGUGUAUGGCAAUUUUGCGACUCGCCUUCUCGGGGACUCCAGCACACCUCUGGUGGCCAUCUUUGCUGAAGACCACCUUGAGCAGCUGCGACUCGAGGCUGGCCCCCUGGUUCCUUUUCCAGACGCCUUCCAAGACGAAGUUACCCAUACCGCGCCAAGCGUCGGGAACUAUGCUACGGUGUCGCUCCUCGAUAUCGACUAUUCGUCUACAUUGGAUAUGAUCAAACCCAUCAACUUUUGGUUGACGGGCUUGACCAGUUUUCAUUUCCCCGUGCCGAACGCGAUUUUGCCAUUCAGCCUCAUGUCCUUUGUGUCAGGAAAUCCUUUCUGUCCCCCAGUAAUGACCGAUGAUCAGCCACAAGCACCUGUUUCCCAGACUCUGGUCGCAUUUCAGAUUGAGUUCCACGUGCCCUCGACCACGACACUCAAUGUGGAUCCCUGGGCAGGCAGCUUCAUGAUUGUGGCACGCCCUCCGGGCGCGAGCAGUGACACGUGCUUUCGCAACUCUUCCACGGUGGAGCUUUUGUUACAUGAAGGGACAAAUGACACGGCUAGCCGCUUGGUAUCUCGCGCAGAACCAGGUGGAACGACUGUGGUGACGUUUGCUGCAAAUUGGACCUGGAUAUUGGCUCGGUUUGCUCUCACAGACUUUACCGGGGUUCGAGAUUACACUUGGUUCGUGGGCUGGGCUGUGGACGCCAACCACACUAUGAUAUCCGACUUUUUUACGGUCCCUUCUGAGCUGGUACCAACCAGCUCAAAAAUGACUUCGGCUCACAUUGAAACGUCGUCCAGCCCCAUCAUCUCCCAAGCAGUCGACCAUGGUGUGGAGGCCGUGGUGGGCAGCUUCUCAUGGGCCUUGAGCGUGAACACGUUGUUUACGUCCAUUCCAGUUUUUGGUGCCAUCAACAUCACGGUGACAGCCGAUCUGCCCAGCAUCUCCAGCAAAGUUUUCCUCAACGGUCUUUUGGCAAAGCGUGGGCCAGUCUUGAUCAACGACGCCCGGCAUCCUAACACAACGCAACCUUUUCUGACCAUGGAAGCUGGUGCGGUGAUGAUCAAUGUCGUGGUGAACAAUGCCUUGGUCGAAGGCGUGCGCAUGUUUGGUGACCGCAGUGCCUUGCAACGAUCUGUCAUCGCCAACAGCCGUGGCAUUGGUGUUCGGGUGAUCGGAAAUUCGGCGUUCCUCAUCGCGCUUCACGUCGACAAAGUCGCGCGUGAGGGCAUUGUCGUAGAAGGUCGUCAUUGCCUUCUAAACGCUGUCAAUAUCACACAGGCCAAGGAAACGGCUUUGGUGUUGACCGGCCAAAGUAACACUGUGCAGUUACCUCGGCUGUUGAACAACGCCAUGUGCUUGAACGUGACGGGUCAGCACAAUAUCGUGUCACAAGCUGGCGAAUGCACUAUGUAUAGCUCGAAUACGGGCGUGAUAGUGAGGGGCUACAACAACUCGCUGACGCUCAGCAUCAUGGUCCGAGUCACCAUCAACAGCAUCGACUCGCUCAAUCUCUCUUUGGCACCGUGCAGGAGCGAUGACAGCGCUGUGUGCCGCGCCCAAGCCCGCCCAUUUGUGAUUGUUGGAGGAUCACGCAACACUAUUCGCGACUCGAGAAUUGUGGAUGGUUUUAAUGGCUCUACAGCUUCUGUGUGGCUUGAUACAGAUGCCAAACUACCCGCAGUGUUGGCAUGCCAGAUUGAAUCAGCCGUCAGCGCCCUGCACAUCGAAGGAACAUCAGUGACGCUUUCUAGCACUCGAGUGAUGGCCAACCUCAUCGACGCCACUCUCGAGCGCGGCAUCGUGAUUGGCAACUCAAGUGUGGGCGUGAGACUUGAAGGAGUUCGCAUCGUUGCCGCGCGCUGCUUGGAGUCCUGGGGUAUGGAGGUCUCGAUCGAAUCUAGUCAAUGUAUUUUGCAAAGCUUAAGCCCGAACCCCUCAGGAUCGUGUGUGGGUAUCGCGCUCCUUGGCGGCACGGCGACGGUGGCACAGGAUUCUUAUGUUGCCUUUUCGGUCUGUCAAGGUCAAGACAGGGCCUAUGGUGUGCACGUUGGCUCUUCUACACUCCAGGCGACCGUGAAUGACCUUCACACUAGCACUGUCACUGGCGAAUGUCCAAAUGCAAAUUUUCUUAGCACCAGCAUCCUCGUUGAUGCGCACGAGUACGGAGCCACAGCGAGGUCCUUUGCUCGUGUCAGCUCCCAGUACACAGCGCGCUCCAUGCUUUUGCUCGGACCAGCCGUCGUAACAGACAGCCAGCUGGGCAAUGAGGUCAUGACAUUUUCUUGCGACUGGCCCAAUGAUCAUGUGGACGUGCGCGGUGUGCGCUCUGCAUUCGGCACGGCCGUGUUGCUGAGCAACUCCUCCUUGAGCCAAGUCAGGCUGAACAAUAGCGACGAUGUGCAACUACACAACCUAACGUGGAUGGUGCCCUCCGCGCUAUACCCACUGCUGAGUGUCAAGCAUAGUCGGCGGGUGUCAAUCAGCAACGCAAGCUUGGUGACUCAAAUUUCAGCCGCAAGUAAUUUCAGCUUGCUAAAUAUUGAUAGCUCAACGGAGAUUGUUAUGCAGAACAGUAGAUUCCUCGUCUCUUCCAAGAGCAGCUCAGCCAAUGUCGUGCCUGCAGCGCACGUUCUCCAGAUCAUGGACAGCUCAGAUGUGCGCUUGCUGCGCAGUCGAUUGGAGGGUGAUUCCGGCAUCGAGGCGUGCACUCGUGUGUCUGCUGAUACAGCAGGUGUGGAGUUAGUCGACAACACUUUUGUGUGCUCCGGGCCAAAGAUUUUGGUCAUAGACGGUCAGCGUGUAGAGAUUUCGAACAACCACCUGUCAGGCGAUCGGGGCGUCACGAUGGGCAUUGAUGUUGGGUCCACUGCGCAAACGAUCCAGAUCGGGCGCCCAAGUGGACCGUUGAUGAUUAAUCGCACGGGUUGGAAUUAUAUUGAAGCCCUCAGCGUGGGCAUGCACCUGUCCGGCUCUCACAUGCGUGUGCGAGGAACCGUCUUUGCGAAUUGCAACACUGGCAUUAUCAUCAACGGUUCAGACCUGGUGGUCGGUGGCAGUGAUAUGAUCGACCGCAACGACUUUUCAGGUGGCUACGUGGGCGUCCACGUGAUUCACACUGAUGAAGCGAUUAUGCACAAGAACAUCUUUGGUGCACCACAAGAAACGUCAUGGUCUGCCAACGCGACGACUCAUGGCAUUUGGUUCACAGAUGCAACUUCUCUGAUUAGCUUCGACUCAGCCCUCCUGGUGGCCAAGCCAGAUUUGACGACCCUCAGCAAUCUGCAGGCCUUGUCUGUUCCCAGCUUCUCGCCAGUGGCUCUCAAGUGGGCAGUUGGGUGGCCCUUCAGCGAAAGAGCUACCAAUCCCAUGAUGACACAAGCAGAAUCAUUGCUCGUCGACUUGAAUGGCCAGUUCUAUCCCCACCUGGAUGACCUCAAACUGAGUCUACAAUAUUCGCGCCUACCGCCGCGCUCCACGGGAACCCUUAAAGCUACGGCUGAUAACGGACGCUUGAGCAUGUUCAUCAUGCAACUACCUACGCCAGUAGCGCCCAGUUUGGUGGCCGCCGGCCAGUGCUUUGCGUAUUUUGGUUACAAUUCUGGACAUUUAAGUUUUACCAACGCGGACGCUGGACCGGAUCCUGAGGCGCAGUCUUCUUCGGGCGUAUUGAGCAUUUCAGUUGGCUUUCCCACAAGCAUAGUUGGUUUGCUAGGCGUCGAAGUGGUCAGCGUGAUCUGUAACUUUGGGGCCGUGGGCACAGCCGUAGGCUCGGCCACAUAUGAAGAGCUGCACAAUACGACCACAGGGAGUGAUGACGAUGAUGAUAUUGAUGACGACGAUGCCGAAUUCGUGCUGAGCCGACAGAACCCACAAGUCCUGCGCAAACGACUGCGUCAGGCGAUGCUGGUCUACGUUCUGCCAAGAGCAGUGGCGCCGCUUUUGCCCACCUCGGCUGAGGCGGAACUGAGUGAGGCUGCCAUCCAACGCGUACUUGGCGUGGUUACGGAUGCGCCUGUUCAAACAGCCAACGACUUGCGCCAAGAAGCGCAAGGCCUGAUCUUAAAGCACAAGCAUAUUGAAAUACAACGCACUUUGGGAUCAGGGCAGUUUGGCGUCGUGUUUCAGGCACAAGUGCGGAAAAAUGGGCAGCUACUGACCGCGGCCGUCAAGAAGGCCGUGGUGGGCGAGACGGAAGAGGUGUCGCGGCAGCUCAACAUCGACUUGUUGGCAGAGGCCUACCUGCUCAUGCUGGCCAAGCCGCACGAUCAUGUUGUUGGACUGCUGGGCUUUCAUCUAGCUGGAUCAUCCGUCUUGGUUGCCCUCGACUUUGCCAAAGGCGGCGACCUGGAGUCAUAUUUAGCCUCCUUGGCUGCUCGAGACGCUCAGGUUCGCUUUGAAUCAACUGUUAUGGUGUGGUAUGCGUUGAUUCCAAUAAUGAAUGCCUUGAGCUCAUAA